CCACAUCAGUAACUACCACUGGUACAUCUUCUAAUUACAUUACAGUUAUGGGGUCUCCAUCUAGUAGUAGUAUGACAAUAUAUUCUACUACUACAGUAACUGCUGUUCCUACUAUUACUACUGCUGCUGUUCCUACUGAUUCCAUUACUACUGAUUCCAUUACUACUGCAUCUAUUAGUAUCACUUCCUCACUAAGCACUACAAUAAUUUCAUCACCAGGACAAGACAAUGCAGGAAAUGGUGCAUCUACAAUACUAAUAGCAAUGAUCAGUGCAGUCAUUGUACUACUGGUAGUUACUAUUAUAGUAAUAUUAAUAGUGAAUGCAUUAGUGUGUAGGAGAAGAUUGUAUAAAACAACAAAUGGAAAUGAUACUUUCAGUUCUGAUGAAAGAAAAGCUGAUAUAAAUCAACAAUCAGAUAUAAUAACAAUGGAUAAAGGACAGAACAUAUUAUUAGCAUCAACUAAUCCUGCUUAUGGAGUAAUUGGGGAACAAGAAAACUGUAAUACUGAUGUAUCUGCUAAUCCUGCUUAUGGUAUUACUGAAAGAUCUGGUGUCUCUGCUAAUCCUGCUUAUGGUAUUAACACUGCAGGAGGAAUAGAAAGUAUGUACAUGAUAGAUCUAGUGUAUAUGCAUGGAGAUAACUUGUAGAGAAAUAUUUGUGUUGCAUGUGUGUAUGUGUGUGUGAGUGACAUAGUACUUUGAA